AUGCCCGACUCCUCGGACAACGGCUCGUCGAGCAACGGCGGCAACCAGAACAGCCCUCACGACGACAACGCCGCGCCUCGCGAUGCGCACCCAGACAACGCCAGCGUCCCCAAGCCCAAGCGCCUGGCCUGCAUGAUCUGCCGGAAACGCAAGCUCAAGUGCGACGGCAUCCGGCCCAGCUGCAGCACUUGCUCGCGACUCGGACACAACUGUGCUUAUGACGAGCAGCGGAGGAAGAGCGGCCCCAAGCGCGGCUACGUCAAGGCGCUGGAGGAACGAUUGAAACAAGUCGAGACGCUGUUAAAGACCCAGGAGCCAGCAGCUAAAAGCCCGACGAAAAGCAUCCCCAUCCAAGUCCCCAGCGCCAAUAGCCAGACAAAUGGAAACCCUUCAAUGCCCAUGCCCGCUCCCAACAUGGGACUCGGUGGCGAUGAGCGCUGGCACUUCAACAAUGGCGAAUCGCCUCAGCAAGGAUCCAUGGACGACUUCAGCUUCAAUGCCAACAUGGGCAUGCCCGUCAACAACAUGCCUGGAAAUUUCACCUGGGAGAUGAUUGGUCUAGGUCUGGAAGAACCUCUGCCGCCGCAGGAGACUAUUGAUGAGUUGCACCAAAUUUACUUUGACAAGGUUCAUCCGUCGAUGCCCAUGAUACACAGAUACCGGUACCUCGCUGCAAUGAACUUGGCACCCAGUCAGCGACCACCAGUCUGUUUACGAUACGCCAUGUGGACAUUAUCGUGCUCCAUCUCGGAAAAAUACUCAGACCUCAAGGAUCUGUUUUAUCAGAGAGCACGCAAGUACGUUGAGGCUGAUUACAUGAAGGGCUUUGGAGAGCAUAUGAUUUCCGUUGCUCACUGCCAGACACACAUUCUGCUGUCGAGCUAUGAGAUCAAGAUGAUGUACUUUCCCAGAGCCUGGAUUAACACGGGCUCUGCUGUCCGCCUCGCACAAAUGAUUGGAUUGCACAGGGUAGACGGCAGUGGCUUGGACGUCAAGAUGUGCUUGCCACCGCCCAAGGACUGGACUGAGAGCGAGGAGCGAAGACGAACGUUUUGGAUGGCCUUUUGCGAGGACCGAUACGCGAGCAUUGGCACUGGCUGGCCCAUGACCGUCGACGAAAGGGACAUCAAGACAAACUUGCCAUCUUCAGACGAAGCAUUCGACAUGAGCCGCCCAGAACAGACAAUCACUUUGGAAGAGUCCACAAACCCAUCCGGAGCUGGCAAGCUAUCAUCUUUUGGCGGCAUUGUCCUCAUGGCUAGUCUUUUCGGCCGCAACUUGAUUCACUUGCACCGUCCAGACGACGACGACCAGGACCACGACAUCAACGGCCCCUUUUGGAAACGUCACCGCCAGAUGGACCACAUUAUUCUCAACACCUCGCUUUGCUUGCCAUCUCACCUCAAGCUCCCUCAUGGCCUGAACAAUGCCAACGUCAUCUUCACAAAUAUGAGCAUUCACACUUCAACCAUCUGUCUGCACCAGGCGGCCAUUUUCAAGGCCGAAGAGAACAAGCUUCCUGCGUCCGUCAGCGCGGAGAGUAAGAUUCGGUGCAUCACUGCAGCCAACGAGAUUGCCAGCAUCAUGAGGACAAUCUCACACAUGGAUCUGUCUGCGAUGAACCCAUUCAUUGCUUUCUGCCUCUACGUCUCCGCUAGAGUAUUUGUGCAGUAUCUCAAGAGCAAGCCUGAAGAUGCGCAAACCAUUGACUCGCUGCGCUUCCUCAUCUCCGCUAUGAACGCGCUGAAGCGACGGAAUCCCCUGACGGAAUCCUUCCUGGUUCAGUUAGAUGUGGACUUUGAAGCGUUGGCAGCAAAGAUUCCCAAGCUGAGAGGCGCAUUCCCUCGUCCCAACGACAGUCCUACUGAACCACCCAAGGGGCUUCCUGUACGAGCUGGAGCUGUUUGCGACGACCCAGAGGGUGUCAAGGGCAUCUUGUCCUACCGAAACGAAUGCCAUUUCAUGAAGACAACUGGAGAUAACGGCAACCUGGCCAACGCUCCUGAUAUCGCGGAGCCGACCACUGACAGUCAGAGUAUGUCGACAUCGACCUCCAACAACUUUGGAAAUGGAGCAUGGCUCUCUAGUGACCAACAAAUGCACGUCUUGACCCCCAACUCCGGCAGCAUGUAUGAAAAGAAUGUUCCUGGCAGCGGUGGGCUGUCCGGUUUCGGCGAUGGAUUGGACCAUGAUGCGUCUGGCUCGCCGGGCAUUCAAUCAGCUGGGCGCACUCCUAACUCGAGCGGCGGCACAUCUGACGCACGACCUCCUCACCUUGGGCCGGGCCACAUGUCCAACGGUGCAUCGGGGCAUGAUUCGUUCCGCCAGAGCCCUAUUUCACCACAACAAACAAUGAUGAAUCACGGAGGCAUGGACAACAGCGGCGCCCAAGGAUACUAUGGUGAUCCUAACAGCUUUACGAUGGCUGCCGGCAUGGGCAUGCCCCAAACUCCCUAUCCCAUGACAAACGGAUGGGCAGGAUUGUCUGGACCAGCCGCCGGAAUGCAGCCAGUGGGAGGAGAGGGCGUCCUCAGGGCGCUGAUGAACAUGGGGCCCAUGGACGCCAUGGACCUAUCAUCAUGGGACUCUGGUAACCCACACUAA